CUUCUUCUACGUCUGCUACCUCGUUGAACAGCCACUGCCCUAAAACCCUAAAAGCUCCGCUGUUCCUUUGAAUCAAUAUCCAACGAUGGGUUCGAAGAACAAAAAGCAAAGGAAGGGAGAGAGCAACGAAGCUAAAGGAUCCGGUGGUGGAGUCGCUGAGGAAGGCAAACAUAUGAUUAACGACCCAAGGUUUUCGUCGGCGCACACUGACCCUAGAUUCCGUAGGAUGCCGAGGCGUGAGCUUAAAGUCGCCAUUGACUCUCGAUUCAAGCCUGUCCUCUCUGAUAAGCGAUUUGCCUUGGGUUCUGCUCCUGUCGAUAAGCGUGGCAAGCGGAGACGAGGCGGCACUGGAGACAAUUUGCUUCGGGAUUUUUAUCGAAUUGAUGACGAAGAUGAUAAAAAGAAGAAGAAGAAGAAGGAUACUGGUGAGGAUGAAUCUGGGGAUGAGAGUGAGAAAGAGUUGGUUGAUCUGAAAUCUGAGGCAGAGUCAGAGGAAGAGAGUGAGCCUGAGAAAAAGCUUGCGUCUUUGGAUGAUGAAUCUAAUGAGGAAGCAGAGUCUGAUGAGGAAGCUGAGUCUGAAGAGGUAUCCGAGGAGGAGGAAGAAGAGGAAGAUACCGAUGAGGACGAUGAAGCUAUCUACGAAGACGAUGAACCAGAAAUUCCGGAAGAGAACAUUCCGACUAUCCCUCAAGAAACUCACAGACUCGCUCUCGUUAACAUGGAUUGGAAAUAUGUCUCUGCCAAAGACUUGUACGUCGUUUUGAAUUCGUUUCUGCCUAAAGAUGGGCGCAUUUUGUCUGUGGCCGUCUAUCCAUCUGAGUUUGGACUUCAGCGAAUGAAAGAGGAGGAAAUUCACGGCCCGGUAAUUGAUGGCGACAAAAAGAAUGGAGAUGGUGAUGAUGAUGAAGAAGAUGAAGAGGAGGAAGAUGAGGAUGUCAACAAUCAGAAGCUACGUGCUUACGAGAUAAGUAGAUUAAAGUAUUAUUUUGCUGUUGCCGAGUGUGAUUCAAGUGCUACUGCAGAUUACUUGUACAAAUCAUGUGAUGGAAUUGAGUUUGAAAGAUCCUCAAACAAGCUCGACCUAAGAUUUAUCCCUGAUUCCAUGGAAUUCAAACAUCCACCUCGUGAUAUCGCAUCCGAGGCACCUGCUGGUUAUGAAGGUUUAGAUUUUCAGAGCCGAGCCCUGCAGUUGAGCAAAGUUAGUCUUACGUGGGAUGAAGAUGAGCCCCACCGCAUUAAGACCUUAAAUCAGAAAUUCAAUCCUGAACAGUUGGCAGAUCUUGAGAUGAAGGAAUUUUUAGCUUCUGAUGAGAGUGAGUCUGAUGACGAAGACGACAACAAUGAAGGUAUUAACAGGAAUAAAGUGGAGAAGAGGAAAGAUAAGUACCGAGCUUUAAUUGAAUCUGAAAAUGUGGAUUCUGAUAAAGACGUGGAAGAGGAGAAUGACCAGGAUAUGGAGGUAACAUUUAAUACCGGGUUAGAAGAUCUUAGUAAAGAGAUUCUCAAAAAGAAAGACAAGAAGUCAGAAUCGGUCUGGGAGUCAUAUCUAAGGCAGAGACGCGAGAAGAAGAGGGCCAGGAAGAAUAAUAAACAGAAUGAUGAUUCUUCUUCCCCGGAUGAUGAUGAUGAUGAUUACAUUGAUCGAAAGGCAGUGAAAGGUGAUGGUGAUGACGAUUUCUUUAUGGCGGAACCUCCUCUUAAGAAGAAGAAAGAAGGAAAGACGAAGAAGAAGGGUUUAGAGGAGGAAGUAGCAGCGGACGAAAGAGCCAGAGCGGAGCUAGAGUUGUUACUAGCUGAUGAGAAUGCAGGAGACGGUAAUGGUCUGAAAGGGUAUAAUAUUAAACGGAAAGGUAAAAAAGGAAAAACUGAUAUAUCAGAAGAGAAGAUACCUGCGGGUGUUCUUGAUCCGCGGUUCUCAGCUGCAUACUCUCCUGCCUAUGCCAUCGACCCUACGGAUCCACAGUUUAAAAGGAGUGCUACGUACAUAAGGCAACUAGCAAUGAAGCAAAAGGAAGUUUCAAAAAGCCACGAGGAAGCGGAAGAGACAGCGCCAAAGGAGAAACAAGAGUUGAAUUCAGAUGGUAACUUGGGGUCUAAGAAAGAGAGACACGAGCUCUCUUCUACUGUCAAAUCUUUGAAGAUGAAGAUGAUUAACAAGGAUUCGGAGAAGAAACAAGCGGGUAACGCAGUGACUUCCUCGACUCUGGCUCAGCGAAUUAAGAAGAAAGCCAAAGAUUUAUCAAAGAAAUAAUGUCUUUGUUGUUUCCAUCCAAAUCAAUUUUGUUUUGUUUUAUACACAAUGAUAAUUUACAACAUUUUUUUCUAGAGAACAAUUACAAUCUUGAUUAUAACCUCAAAUCAGUUAA